AGAUUAGGUUUCAUAUGUGAUUUAACAUUUGAGUUGUGCUAUCAACAGUUGAGCCUGUCCAUCCUGUCUGUUCGCAGGCGCAGGCACGUUUUGCCGGCGCGAUGAAUUGAAUUUCAUUCCGAAACAAUGACGUUGUGAUGAACUGUUUUGUCAGAGUUUAUUUUAGUGCAGAAGCCAAUAUUAGCUUAAAUAACCAUCGGAAAAUCUAGUGUAGAGUGACUGAUAAUCUAUAUUUAACAUCGUGAUUUUGUAUCGUGUUUGCACGUAUUUUUAGCUUUUGUACAGUAAAAUUUAUCAUGUUUCCAGUUCAAAAACACGGGCUGCAUAAUUGUUCAAACGUGGUUGCGGUUGGGGAAAGAAUUGUAUCAUUUAUUGAAGAUCUGGUACAAAACUAGUGACAACAACACGCAUUGAAAAUUAGUUUGAAAUUCGGAAUUAUUCUGAGUUAUUGUUAUUAUACAACAACGAAGUAUUGUUCCAGCAAGAAUAAUUUGUCGUGAGAGAUUCAAGUUAUUGAGAAUUUAAAUAUGGGUACCGGGAACCAAAUUCUCGGUAAAAGCACACCGAUCGUAAUAUUAAUAACAUUGUGUAUAAUUGGAGUACAAUCGAUUGAUCGAAAGCAAAGCGAUGCCGAUUUAGUAUUUGAUGAUUUUAAAAUGUACUCUGUAUCGGCUACCGGCACGGAUGGAGACAAUCGGAAACUUUUACAGUCUGGUACUACGAAAACAACUAAUAACAGUGUCGAAUACAAUCUUGACGCGAAUACGGAUAUUAUCAAUUCUGAGGACAGUUCUAUGAUAGUUGAAGGUGAGGACGAAAACUGGUUAAUGCGAAGCGUUUAUAGAAUCAAGCGAAGCAUUGAAGAGUUGUUGUCCCGCAAAAGCAACCCCGUAAAGCAAUUCACUAAAAUUGGACGCAAAAAAAAAUUCCUUAAAAGAGUCAAAGUAGCAAAAGGAGAGUUAAGCGCUGAUAAUAUAUUCAAAAAGAAAUACAAGAAAGUCGAAAUGGGAAAAAAGAAUGAAAUAUCCAAUGUUUUUGAGGCCAGUAUCAAUAAACGCUUGAAACACAGAGAAGCACCUCGAUUAAGAAGACAUUUUGAUGAAUUAACGGAUGAUGAAGACUCCGAAUCUGGAUCAGGUAGACCUGAGAAUCCCGAUUAUGAAUAUAAAUUGACUCUUACCGUGUUUGAGAUUUACAAUCGGCAUUUCGAUGAUAAAGACAGUAACAGAUUCAAAAAAGUAGCAAACGAUGUUAAAGAAAAACUCGACGCUUUGCUUGCUGACUUGGAUUCAGAGGCAAAAUUUACUAGCGCAGUGCAUAAACUAGAACGUGAUCCGGAUGAUGAGCGGGAAACUUUUGUUACAUUCGAAAUCAACGUGAAUAAAAGCAUAUCUAAGCAUAUAAUCGAUCAUUAUCUUCGUGCGGCUAUCAUACAAGGUUACGAAAACUUUGAUAUGAAAGGAUACAGUCUAACUACCGAAGACUAUGCAGAACCCGAUCCAGAUAAAACAAUUGGUUUAUUCUCCGAGAAACCACCAACGACUGAACACGCAUACACGCUAUCAAUGUUAGAUAAUACAAAACCCGUUCAUACUUUAUCUUACAAUGAAGAAGAUGAAGUAAAAGUCAACGACUCAAACAAUAAAAGUAAGAAAACCACAAAAAAAAAUUUUGAGUAUCCAAGAGAAACUCAAACCAAUGCACAAGACAAAUGUCGAGGGGAUGAUAAAUUUCGGUGUGGUCAAACCAAUGUUUUUAUUUGUGAAGUUCAAAAGUGCGACGGCCAGCAGGAUUGUCCUAAUGGAGAAGAUGAAGAUCCAGUUGAUUGUUUAUACUGCACAGAUGACGAAUUCAAUUGCGAUGAAGAGAAGUGUAUUCCGAAUACCAAAGUGUGCGACAAUGAGCAUGAUUGUACCGAUGGUUCCGAUGAAGCUGGUUGUGAAACUACUAGACUACCGAUACAAGAUUGUGACAUCGACGAAUUUACAUGCGCGGAUAGCAGCUGUAUCCCUUCAGAGCAGCAAUGUGAUGGCCAACAAGAUUGUUCACAAGGAGAAGAUGAAACGGAUUGCUCUGAUGAGUGUAGCGAUACAGAAUUCGCAUGUGACGGUAUUUGCCUAGACAAAGAGGCGUAUUGCAAUGGUCUCUCUGACUGCGAUGACGGCACAGAUGAAAUCAACUGUAUAAUAUGCCAGCCCGGAGCAUUUCAUUGCAGCAGUGCAGAAUGCGUUCCGUCCAGUAAACGGUGCGAUGGAGUUAUGGAUUGUAAUGAUAAUAGCGAUGAAUUAGAUUGCAUCAUUGCUGGUGGAGGAACAUGCAAAAAUGAUCAGUGGCAGUGUGAUAAUGGCUUCUGUAUUAAUAACGACUUCCGCUGCGAUGGUCAUGUUGAUUGUACUGAUAGAUCCGAUGAGUAUAACUGUCCCGAUGCCGGCAGAUCGGACGAAACUGCAAAACUGAGCCUUCAUACAUAUCCAGAUGAACAAAUUAUAAAAGAAAGUCGUGAGGUAGUAUUCCAAUGUCGCGAUGAGGGUCCACUGCGUGCAAAAGUUAGAUGGGUCAGAGCAAAUGGAUUGCCACUUCCCCCCGGGUCAUAUGAAUCCAAUGGUCGCUUGGAAAUUCCAAAUAUUAGAUUUGAUCACAAUGGAGACUACAUUUGUGAAGCUAUUGGUUAUCCAAAAUCUACACCGGGAAGCAGUAAAAAUGUUCACCUUAUUGUGGAAAGAUAUUAUCCUGCCGAACGCCCACCCUCAGCCUGUCACAUCGCACAAGCGACAUGCAUGAAUGGGGAUUGCAUUGCAAAGUCGCAGAUAUGUGAUGGUAAUUUUGAUUGUGGUGAUGGAUCCGAUGAAACUGGCUGCAGCAAAGCACAAAACUGUGAACCCAAUGAGUUCAAAUGCCGAAAUAGGAAAUGUAUUCUUAAAACUUGGCGUUGCGAUGGUGAAUUAGAUUGCGAAGAUAGUUCCGAUGAAGAAAACUGUGCUACAUUACCACCAGAUGCAGCCUGCCAUUACGACGAGUUCCAGUGCCGAAGUGGACAGUGCAUUCCGAAAUCUUUCCAAUGUGAUUCACACCCGGAUUGCCUUGAUAAAUCUGACGAAAUCGGAUGCAUGACCCCAUCUGUUAUUCAACCACCACCUUCUACUAUGACAGUUCUUGCUGGUGGCGUACUGAAUAUUUCCUGCCGGGCAACUGGAGUUCCCAUUCCACUUAUUGUAUGGCGUCUCAACUGGGCUCAUGUGCCUGAGAAGUGUAAUUCAUUAAAUGAAAACGGUUUCGGUACACUUACGUGCAAUGAUAUGCAGCCCAUCGACUCCGGUGCAUAUUCUUGCGAAAUCAUCAACUCGAUGGGAACUCACUUUGUGUCUCCCGAUACAAUAGUGAUUGUAAACGACAACGCUACAAUUUGUCGCUCAGGUUAUUUCAAUAGUAAAGCCAAAAUCCCAGAAGAAUGUAUAAACUGUUUCUGCUUUGGUGUAUCGAAUCAUUGCAAAAGCGCUGAUCUAUAUACAUACUCUCUGCAACCUCCAGUUACUUCACUUACAAUUGUCGGUGUAGAAGGCCCAUGGACCGGCCAACGACAAAUAAAAGAGAGUGAAUUCACCAAUCAUGAUUUAGCAGUAACCAGGCAUGGUGUGCAGCUAAGAUUGGCGAAUAUUAUUCCUGGGCGACAAAUUCCCUACUAUUCUCUUCCAGCUGAAUACAAAGGAAAUCAACUUAAAUCAUAUGGCGGAUCUAUCCGUUAUCAGGUUGAAUAUGACGGGAUUGGGAAGCCUAAUAAAUCACCUGAUAUAAUAGUCAAGGGACAUAAUAUGAUUCUUCUAUAUUAUCAAAGUACUCCAUUCUACCCGGAUGAAAGAAACUCUGUAGCUGCACACUUCUUGCCCAGUGUUUGGCGCAAGCUUGAUAAUUCAUUGGCUACACGCGAAGAUAUUAUGAUGGCGUUGGCAAGUAUUGAGAGUAUCUUACUAAAAAUGUUGUAUGUGGAUGGAGUAGAACGAAAUAUUGAAUUACUAGAUAUUACAAUGGAUUCUGCUGCAAGUCACGAUUUUGGUUUAGGUUCUGCAACACUUGUGGAAGAGUGUAGAUGCCCUCCGGGAUAUAAGGGGUUAUCAUGUGAAAACUGUGACAUUGGCUACGUACGGCAAAGUAGUGGUCCCUGGUUGGGACGAUGCACUAUAAAACUACAAGACUGCCGCCCUGGUUACUAUGGCGACCCUAAUAAAGGUGUCGCAUGUCAACCUUGCCCAUGCCAUAUUCCGAAUGACAAGUCCAAAGCGGUCACUUGUUUCUUGAACAACUACAAUGUAGUAGUUUGUAAUUGCGAUAAAGGAUAUAUUGGGGACAGAUGUCAGCUAUGUGCUCCUGGCUACAUAGGAAAUCCGAUGGUAGGCGGUUGCUUGUUACCUCCCCCUUCUAACUGUAAUCCUAAAGGUACCAAGCAAAUACUUCAAAACGGUAGAUGCCUUUGCAAAACUGGAGUUACUGGAGAUUAUUGUGAUCGAUGUCAACUCGAACAUUUUUUCAUGAACGAGAAUGGUUGUGUUGAGUGCUUUUGCAUGGGCGUCUCAAGAACGUGUACUAGCACCAGUCUGAUAAAAGAUACUUUGCAAGCAAGUUUUAGCAAUGGUCAGUCAGGAUCUGGUUUUUCUCUCAUUUCUGAUUACAUAAAUCCUGCAAUAGUUGCUACCGACCUUCCAACCUCUAGCCGUGAAAUAGUAUACCGCAACUUCGGCACUAGCGACAACACAUUUUAUUGGAGAUUGCCAGCAAAAUUCUUGGGCAAUAAGCUAGGUUCCUAUGGAGGAUUUUUGAACUACACCCUACGAUAUACACCGCAUUCCUCAGGGGGUGCAUCUAGAAACAAUUCCCCAGAUGUAGUGCUUCAUAGUGGCAACAAAAUUAAGCUUCAUCAUUAUCGAACAGAAGGUUCUAUCUCACCAGCGGGGCCUAGUUCUUACAUUGUCCCCAUAUUGGAAAAACACUGGCAAAAUUAUGAAGAUGGAAACAAAGUACUUCGUCCGUACCUUUUAAUGGCCUUAGCGAAUGUGAGUGAUAUAUUUAUUAAAGCAACAUACAAUACCGUAUCCAAUGAGGCUGCACUAUCAUACGUUAGUUUAGAUAUUGCAUCGGAACAUGGAUCCGGAACGCGUGCGUGGCCUGUCGAACAAUGCCAAUGCAUACAUGGACAUAUAGGAUUAUCAUGUGAAGAUUGUGCACCCGGUUAUUAUAAAGGAGAUGGCGGUCUUUAUCUUGGGCUUUGUGAAAAGUGUGAAUGCAAUGCACAUUCUGAUGAAUGUGACCCAGUAACAGGAGUUUGUCUCAAUUGUCGUCACAAUACGCACGGCAUUAAUUGUGAGUACUGUCGGCCACCUUAUAUCGGUAAUGCUACAGGAGGAACUCCUUAUGAUUGUUUACUCUACGAACCAGAUGAUUCAUUUAAUUGUCAGCACUGCGAUCCACGUGGAUCGUUGAAUCUAUGUAAAGAUCGAUGCGAAUGUAAGCGGCUGGUGGAAGGCUAUCGCUGCGAUCAGUGCCGGGAGGGAUCCUUUGAUCUCGAUGCGCAAAAUAUUGAUGGAUGUCGUGAAUGUUUUUGCUCAGGUGUAAGUAAAGCAUGCAGCGAAUCAAGAUUUUAUCGAGAAGAUCUUCCAGUAUUAAUAACUGGAGAUGACGAUGGAUUCACACUAACCAACCGCGAAGGGCAUAUUAUAGUGACCGAAGGAUUUGCUGUUGCUCCUGAAAAAAAUGAAAUAAGUUACAAUUUUAGAGACCGCAACACAUACUACUGGAGUCUUCCCAAAAGGUUACUAGGCAAUCAAAUCCUGUCAUAUGGAGCAAAUUUAACUUUAACUCAGAAUUCAGUGGGAAUGGAACCUAAUCCUGAUCAAGACAUUAUUUUAAUUGGAAAUGGUCUUAGACUUUUUUGGUCAAGACCGCAUUAUGAAAACGGGAUAUAUUCAGUUCCCUUGUUGGAAAGUUAUUGGACAACUAUAACUCCGAAGGACCUACAUCAAACAAGUCGAAGUGAUCUUAUGACUACACUAUCUAUGUUGGAUCAUAUAUUAAUUAGAGCUACAGUACGUGAUUACACAACAAAAUCAUCAAUAAGUGAUAUUGUUUUGGGAACCGCUGUAAAUAUGUAUACUGAUUAUGGACAAGCAACUGAAAUUGAGAUGUGCCAUUGCCCACCAGGGCAUCGUGGUACCAGCUGUGAAGAAUGUACCGAAUUGUAUUAUAAGGAUGUGUUUGACAGAUCGGGUUCCAUUGCUGGUCUUUGUAAACCAUGUCCAUGUGAUAACGCUGAAUCAUGUAAGAUCAAUGGCAACGGUGAUAUUGUAUGUCAAUGUCUUCCAGGAUACACUGGUUUUAAUUGUGAAACGCGAUACGAUGAUCUAAUUACGCCGCCCUCAUCAUCACCAGUGAUUGAAGUAGUAGUAGCUGCUCCCUUAAUACAAAUUGUAGAAGUUGGACGUAAUAUUCGGUUAGGAUGCACUGCUCGUUAUACAGUUUCAAAGCGACCUAUUGAUGUACGCUGGGAAAAAAUAGGAGAACGCAUGUCAGAACGAGCUUAUAUCGAGAAAGGUACUCUCAUAAUUACCAACGUUCAAAUACUGGACAGCGGAACAUAUGUUUGUCAAGCCGGUAGUGGCUCUGACACGGUUUAUAGGCAGGUGUCCGUAACCGUAAGAGGUGGUUCACCACAGAAACCAAAGGUUAAUAUUUCUACAGAUGUGAUUGACUUAGAAGAGUAUAAGUCAGCCGAUGUCCACUGUGUAGCAACUGGUUCGCCAAUUCCUGUUGUUGCAUGGGAACGGAUGGAUAACCGUCCACUAUCCACAAAUGUUAUUAUUGAAUAUGAUUCAUUACGAUUCAACUCUCUCCGCAAAGCAGACGAAGGAACUUAUAGAUGCAUUGCGAAAAAUGAUAUUGGCGAGGCAGAUAAAAUUCUACAUGUGUACGUUCGUGAUAUCGGUACACAUCCGACACGUCAUCCUGAAAACAUACACGAAAUUGUCCAAAUUAAACCUGAUAACUAUCAUGGGAUAUCCGGCGAGAAGAUUUCAUUAAGCUGUUUGUGUCAACCAAGCGGAAAGAUUACAUGGACUAAAACGAGUGAAAGUAGUUUACCACGGAAUAGUUAUGUUCGGAACGAUUUACUAAUAAUUGAGCAUGCUACUAUCGAAAAUUCUGGCCGCUACAGUUGUACUGUUUUGUUCCCCAGUGGUCGUGAAAAGACUACCUACGUAGAUGUAAUCAUUAAACAUGAUCUUACAACACCUAAAAUUAAACCUCUUGACACCAAGUAUACUGUAACACAAGGCUCAGAUUUCACAUUAUUUUGCGAGGUGAGCGGAAAUCCGUUCCCUACUACGAAAUGGACUAUGAGUGGCAAACCGUUCGCUUCGAAUCUACAACAAACCGAAAAUAAGCUUCACAUUUUAAACGCACAACUCAAUAAUGGCGGAGUAUACAUUUGCAUAGCCGAGAACAGUGAAGGAAUAGACCGUGCAUAUACUAUCGUCGAUAUUGAGCGGCGAGAACCUCCCAUAUUAGAAAUAUAUCCGAAAGAAUCGCAAAUUAUAAAAGUAGGGGAAUCUACUCGUUUGUCGUGUCGUGCGACCUCUGGUGUGCCCUCCCCAACAUUAUCAUGGACCCGCAAAGAUAGGAGACCGUUAUCAUCCCAUAUAACCGAAGACUACCCAGGAGUUAUAACAUUACGAGAGGUCAAUCUCCAGGAUUCUGGUGAAUAUGAAUGCAAAGCCGAAAAUUCUGCUGGAUCGACUUCACUUGUAGCAUUAAUUGAUGUUCAAUUGGCCCCAGGAAUUAUUAUCUCUCCACCUAUUGAAGAAUACAAAAUAUAUGAAGGCGACGAGAUAAAUAUUCUAUGUACAGCAAAUGGGAAACCUGUGCCUAAAGUAGAAUUCAAACUACCGUCGCACCAAGAAAUGAAUGAACGACAUUUCUCAAAGUUGGAAGGAAUUGGUUCCGCAAAGCUACACAUCCUACAUGCCAAGCUUGAUAGUUCUGGAACAUAUGAAUGCGUAGCUUCUAAUUCGGCUGGCAUUGAUUCUCGAUUCGUUACUAUCCAUGUUGAAAAAAAACGGGGUGAUCUGGGGUCACAUGACGAAGAUCGUGAUACCUACCCUAGGUUACCGUAUUUCGAUCGACCACAAAAACAUACCUAUAAAGCAAUUUUAGGAGAACGAUCGGAACUAGUUUGCAAUGAAGCUUCUAGUGGAGCUCGAACAGAAUGGAGGCGGACUGAUGGACGCAGUUUGCCGUAUGGGUCAAUUCCUAGUGAUGGUCAACUUAUAAUUGAAAAUACAGGACUUGAUGCGGCUGGUACAUACGACUGUGUGGCACAUGAUAUUACUUCCUCUCCUACUACUAUCGUACAAAUCGUAUUAGAAGUUGUUGAACCGCCACGUAUAACAUUUAGUCCAACAAUGCCUAUUGUUGUGCGAUCAGGAGAAGCAGUUACAAUAAUCUGUAAUGCCACCGGUGAACAACCAAUUCACAUAUCAUGGCACGGAGAAGGUGAUAAAAAUCUUCCUGAUAGAAUAAGAGUCAGUGGUCAGUAUUUGCAGUUUACGCAAAUUACCACUGAUGAUGCGGGGAGAUAUUAUUGCUCUGCAGUCAAUCGUCAAGGAAACGUAUCCAAAGUUGCGGAAGUAAUAGUAAAUCGAAAUGAAAUAAUUCCUGAUAUUCCUGUUCAUGGACGCAUACAUGAAGUUUACAAAGGGUCUUCUAUAUCGCUUGAUUGUAAACUACCCGAUAAUCAUUAUUUUUCCGGUCUAAAGUAUCACUGGAGACGCAUUGAUCGCCCACUUCCAUAUAAUACACGUGUGAGUGAUAGAGUACUGCAAUUGAAUCAUAUUCAAAAUGAUGAUACGGGACGAUACGAAUGCCGCAUGACUUACCCGAAUGGUUCUAUGGCAUACGAUUUUGUUGAUGUAGCAAUUAAAGCGCCACAAUCAUUACCUGUACUGCGAUUGGAGCCGCCUAUUUCGUAUUUGAUGCCCGGUGAUUCUAUAGUUGUUGAUUGCACGUCAUCUUCUGGCUCUCAGGUUCCUGUUUUAUGGGAACGAAUAGGAGGUCAACCGUUACCUUUUAAUUUUCGGCAAGAUGGAAACCGACUAAUAAUACAAGAUGUGACGGAGAUUGAUACUGGAAAGUAUACUUGUGUUUGCAGUACUGAUGAUGGUCAACAAUAUGUAUCUGAUUUUGAGCUUAUCGUUAGUCAGAAACAGCAAUCUGAUAUCCACCAAACACCAAAAGUAGAAUAUGCCGAUCGUGGGUCAACAGUAAAACUACAGUGUAACAGCUAUAUCCAUCCGACCUUGUUCCAAUGGUCCCGUGAUCGUGGCUCCUUCAACGCUGAUCUAAAUAGAACCACCCCUAUUCUUACCCUUACUGACGUACAAGCAUCGGAUGCUGGCACUUAUAUCUGUAAAACUCAUCAUAAUGGACAAGUGGUUGACGCUUCCACAACUCUGGUAAUUAAUGGUGCCAUCCCAUUCUUCCCACAGUCUCCAAACAGCUACAUGGCAUUCAACAAAAUUGAUAACGCUUAUUCAAAAUUCAAUUUUGAGAUUUUUUUCAGACCUGAUAAACUAGAUGGUUUAAUAUUAUAUAAUGGUCAAAAACGUUCUAACGGCGACUACAUAUCAUUAUUUUUAAACCACGGGAUCCCGCAAUUUAGAUUAGAUUUUGGAGGACAAUUGAUUAGUCUUCAAGCAGAUAAACCGAUUUCUAUGGGUGAAUGGCAUACAAUCAAAGUCAAUCGUGUGAGAAAUAGUGGAUUUAUGCUCGUCGAUGAUCAAAAUCCUGCUAUUUUUCCCGACAAGCUUAAAUUUCAUGGUGUAAACUUAGACGAUGACUUGUAUAUUGGGGGUAUUCAAAAUUAUUCAACCAUCCCACCGACCGCCACACACACAAAAGAAGGAUUCGUAGGAUGCAUAAGUCGACUUAAAAUUAAUGGUCGUGAAAUUCAACUGUACCAGGAAGCAAUAUUCAGUUACGGGACAACUUCUUGUGAAUCAUGUGCUGAUGACCCAUGUCAAAAUGCAGGCAUAUGUUUGGAGACCCAAAACGACAGUGGUUACUCUUGCGUUUGUCAGCAAGGCUUUACCGGGAAGGACUGUCACCUUGAAGGCAAAAAGUGUAUACCAGGAUUUUGUGGAGAUGGUAAUUGUGAGGAAACAACAAAUGGAGCAGUAUGUUAUUGUCCAAUACCUAAAACUGGAGAGUUCUGUCAAUAUACUGAACAUUACGACGAUUAUUACGCAUUUAAAGACGGCAGCUACGCUGCAUACAAUAAAUUCCAAACAAAGCGCACCAUAAAAUUCCGGUUUAAGCCAGACAAGUUGGACGAUUGUAUUCUAUUAUAUGCUGCUGAGAGCGAGAACACCUUUGGCGAUUUUGUAGCAAUCGUAUUAUAUAACGGCCGGAUUGAAUUCCGAUACAGUGUAGCCGGAAAAAUACCACCGAUUAUUCUGCGAUCAACUGUAACAAUUCACAAUAACCAGUGGCAUGAUAUAUCAGCAGGACGUAGCAGAGGGGGCCUAGCUUACCUGCAGGUUGAUGAAGAAGCUUUGAUCAAUGAGCCUAAAAUUGGCAGACCAACCGCCAUAUUACUCAAAUCAAACGUUUAUGUUGGUGGAUACGAUAAAAGAAUUUUUGUAAACCCUGCUGUGGGCAUGAAAAAAGGUUUUGAAGGCUGCAUUUCAGAUCUCGAAAUAUCUGGUAAUACUAUCAGUAUGAUUGAUGACCUAAAACAUUCUGCCAAUAUAUACAACUGCGGUCAUCAACAACACUCAAAAGAAAUUCAGCAUCGUUUUGAUGAAGAUAAUGAGAUUGAUCCAUGUAAAGCGGGUUACGGUGGUUUCCAUUGCGAUAUCAUAACUAACAUUUGCCUAGCGCAUAAACCAUGCCAAAACGGAGGGCGUUGUUAUACAAAGUCAACUGGCCAACAUUAUACAUGUGAAUGUUACUCAGGAUUUCUUGGUCGCAAUUGUGAAUAUGUCUACGCAACCAAUAUAGGAUCACAAUUUCGUGGAAAUGGCUUUGUCGAAAUUAAUCCCAAAUCCCUUGUGGACGGCUCUAACCAAUAUGAAACUAAACUGGCUGUAAUGUUUAGCACUAAUAGUUAUAACGGAAUGAUACUAUGGUAUGGACAGCGCAACGAGGAUAGCUUUUCUGGCAAUGAUUAUAUUUCAUUAUCGGUUCAUGAGGGAUUUUUAGAAUUUGGCAUGCGAUUGGAUGGUGAAGAAGCUAUUCUUCGUAAUAAUGAUGUUUUUGUCGCCGAUGGUGAACAACAUGUAGCAGUAAUAACGCGUGAAGCUAAUCGCAACAGGCUGGAAGUUGAUCACUUUCCGUCACACGGUGAAACUAGACCAACUGGAAAGCAAGAAAUUAAUCUCCCAGGAAAUGUCUACAUUGGUGGUGCUCCUGAUCUAAACCGCUUCACUGGCGAACGCUUCAAUGAAAACUUCAAAGGUUGUGUUUACAUUAUAGAAAAUCUGAAUACAUCUACAGCUGUACCACUUCAAGACUUCGCCGUUCGCACUGUAAACGUUGAUAUUUGUGAUGAAAUUGUGGACUUAGGCGUCGAACCUCCAGUCGUAUAGUUUCAAUCAGUUGGAAACGUUAAUUGCUGCCUUCGGUAUGAAUCAACUCAAACAGAAAACACAAGAAGAAACACUAUUUUACAAAAAAAAAAAACUAUUUGAUUAGCAUUAUCAUUUGAUGUUUUAUUGUUAUUUCUUAAUAAUACUAAUCAAAACUUUUAUGUGCCAAAUAACAAUUUGUCUUAGUAAUAUUACACUUUAAGAACAAUUAUUCAUUACAGCUCGACUAUGUAUAAUAUGCAAACACUGCCAAAACAUGAAAGUGUCAGUUUAUUUUCAUAUUCAAUUAAAUGAACCAUACCA